AUGUCGGCGGAGACGGAGAAGAGCGCCGCCGCGCCCGCGCCCGCGCCCAUGCGGUGCCAGCGAAUAGGCUGCGACGCCAUGUUCACCGACGACGACAACCCCGACGGCUCCUGCCACUACCACCCCUCCGUACCUAUGUUUCAUGAUGGCAUGAAAGAGUGGAGCUGUUGCAAGCAAAGAAGCCAUGAUUUUAGCUUAUUUUUAGCUAUUCCUGGAUGUGCCACAGGGAAGCAUACAACUGAGAAACCAGUCACAAAAGCUGUUUCUCUUAACUCAAAGGCAACCCCACCAAAGUUAGCUCCAGUCCAGUCUUCUAAGCAGGGUGUGGAAACCGAGGCCUGCUCCAGGUGCCGUCAGGGUUUCUUUUGCUCCGACCAUGGAUCACAGCCCAAGGCACAAAAACCAGUUGCUGUAAAUGGUACAAAUACGGAACCUGUCGAGAAAUGCUCGGUUCCACAGCCCAAGAAAAAGGUUGUUAAUAUAAACGAGCCUAGGGUUUGUAAGAAUAAAGGAUGUGGUAAAACCUACAAGGAGAAGGAUAACCAUGAUGCUGCAUGCGAAUACCAUCCAGGCCCUGCGGUUUUCCAUGACAGGAAUAGAGGGUGGAAGUGUUGCGAUGUCCAUGUCAAGGAGUUUGACGAAUUUAUGGAGAUACCUCCAUGCACAAAGGGGUGGCACAAUGCUGAUGCCGUGUGA